GGAUCAGAGACUCUGUGCCAUUGUGUGACAUACCCUUUAAGAGGGUCCAUACACACUGACUGGUACAGCAACAACCCUGCACUUUGCCGGGGGAGACCCUGUUAGGUGUGUGUGAGCGUGGAUGACUCACACACACAGUAACAUAGGGGAGGAGGGUGUGGGGGGGGGGGGGGGAUUGCUUGUGUGCCUCCUCAGGCCUAGCUUUAGUAAACCAUUCAUUGUAGGGAGUGCAGUAAAUCUGUAAUGUCCUCACAUAAACUAUGUGCUUUUUUCAGAUAUACCCUCCUUAUAUUGGGCUUAGGUAUGCUUUAGUUAUGUAUGCUUUACUUAAAAUAUCCACCUCACAUGCUGUAGACUUGCUGGACCUGUUCAGAAAUGUACCUCCUAUAGUAUCUAUGCCUUCAUGAGGUAAGACAAGGACAGCAUAUAGAACAGUGUUGUAACAUUGGCCCUCUCCUGAUGCAUGCCGUUUUAUUUUAUAGCCAGAGCUGUAAAUGUACAGCUGUGUGUGGAAAAACGUCACUGCCCCCUUCUGGUUCAUGGUGGCAUAAGAGCCCCCCCCCCACACACACACACACCACAGUGUCUUAACCAAUACAAAUUAGGAAGUUGAUCGUAUUGUUUGAUUAGCUGAUGUAUAGAUUGUUCUGAUGGCCGAAUUGUGUGGUCUUGUAGAACCGCCAGCUGCUGAAGGACAGCUUCAUGGUGGAGCUGGUGGAGGGAGCCAGGAAGCUCCGCCAUGUUUUCCUCUUCACCGACCUGCUGCUCUGCGCCAAGCUCAAGAAACAGAUUGGAGGGUAAAAGAGACUUCCCAUCGUUCUGUCAAUGUUGAACUCUUUUGUUUUCUUUUUCUUCUAACAUAUUCCAGGACAUGUCUGUCUACAGGAUACUAGGAUUUCUAAUCAUAUCACUUUCUCACUCUACCCUCUCUCUCUCUCUCUCUCCCUCUCUCUUUACCUCUCUCCCUCCUCUCUAACUGUAUCUCCCUCUGUCCCUCCCCCUCUCUCUGCAGGAAGAGUCAGCAGUAUGAUUCCAAGUGGUACAUCCCUCUGUCAGACCUGACCUUCCAGAACGUGGAUGAGUCUGAACCUCUGCCCAUCCCCCAGGUGCCUGACGAGGAGCUGGACGCCAUGAAGGUCAAGAUCUCCCACAUCAAGAGUGAGAUCCAGAGAGAGAAGGUACGUCACACACACACACACACACACAUGCAUACACACACACACAUGCAUACGCACACACACACACACACAUGCAUACGCACACACACACAUGCAUGAAUACACACACACACACACGCAUGCAUGCAUACGCACACACACAUACUCUAGUAUGUAAAUGUAGUUGACAGGUCUGUUGACACAUUUAUUUUCUUCUGUCUGUGACCUCCAGCGAGCCAACAAAGGGUCAAAGGUGAUUGACAGGUUGAGGAAGAAGCUGUCGGAGCAGGAGUCUCUUCUGCUGCUCACCUCCCCCAGUAUGGCCCUCAGAGUACACAACAGGAACGGCAAGGUGAGCCCCCUGUCUUCCUCUUCAUCAUCCUCAUCAUCAUCAACAACAACAAGUUAUCAUCACUAUCACCCUCUUCAUCAUGGAGUCUUUGACAAUUUUAGGGCCUUCCUCUGACACCGCCUGGUAUAGAGGUCCUGGAUGGCAGGAAGCUUGGCCGCAGUGAUGUACUGGGCCGUACGCACUACCCUCUGUAGUGCCUUGCCGUCGGAGGCCGAGCAGUUGCCAUACCAGGCAGUGAUGCAACCAGUCAGGAUGCUCUCGAUGGUGCGGCUGUAUAACUUUUUCUAUGUGUGUACUGUGUUUCAGGGUUACAUGUUUCUGAUGUCAUCAGACUACGAGCGUGCUGAGUGGAAGGAGACGAUCCGGGAACAACAGAAGAAAUGUAGGUGGCCCUCAGUAUACUACUGUAACUAAAUCUCUUCAGUAUCUCUCUGGAAGCAAUGAGUGUAUGAGGAAGGAGCAGCCAUUGCAUCAGGUUAGAUGAUAGAAGAUGCCCAAUAAUCUGACCUGUAGUCCAUUGUGUAAAUUGAACCAACCAAUUGAUACCACUAAUAUUUGUUCACAUGCAGCAUUAAUACACACACUGUACUGUGACAUACUGUGUGGGUGACUCUGACCCCUGAACCCUGACCCUGUGUUUGUAUGGUUCCUCUCCCAGGCUUCAAGAGCUUCUCCCUGACCUCCAUGGAGCUACAGAUGUUGACCAACUCCUGUGUGAAGCUGCAGACCGUCCACCACAUCCCACUUACCAUCAACAAAGAAGGCCAAGGUACCAGAUGUUAUUCAAUGUUCUGCUGUGACUCCUUGCCCAGAGUAUUUCUGUCAGAUGUAUCAGCUAUGUGCUCUGAAGUGAAAAAAUACUGUAUCCAAAGACAAAUAGGAACAAAAAUAGAAGUUAUUAUUGUCAGAACAGUUUGCUGUUUGUACGUUUGUAGUUCUUGGUCUCUUUUUUAGCUUAGUUUGUAUUUGUAUUUAUUAAGGAUCCCCACUACUCUUCCUUGGGUCCAGCAAUAUUAAGACAUUUAUAUACAGUUUACAUGACAUUACAUUUCAUAACACUUUACCCAAAGCAUUUAGUGUGUUCCCUCAGGCCAGUACUCCACUAUCACAUAUUUACAAUACAACAUCCAUGUGUAUGUGUGUAUAGAGUGCGUGUCUUAUCAUGUGUGUGUCUCUUUACAGUCCCCGCUGUUCCAUAAGGUGUAUUUCUAUCUGUUUUUUAAAAUCUGAUUCUACUGCUGGAAUAGAGUUUCAUGUAGCCAUGGCUCUAUGUAGUACUGUGGGACUCACAUAGUCUGUUCUUGACUUGGGGAUUGUGAAGACACCUCUGGUGUCAUGUCUUCUUGGGUAUUUAUGGGUGUUUAUGGGUGUCCGAGUUGUGUGCUAGUAGUCAAUCUCUCCUCCAAUUUGAGCCAUGAGAGAUUGACAUGCAUAUUAUUAAUAUUAGCUCUCCGUGUACAUUUAAGGGCCAGCCCUGCUGCCCUGUUGCCCUGUUCUGAGCCAAUUGUAAUUUUCAGAGGUCCCUCUUUGUUGCACCUGACCACACAACUGAACAGUAGUCCAGGUGUGACAAAACUAGAUCCUGUAGGACCUGCCUUGUUGAUAGUGUUGUUAAAAAGGCAGAGCAGCGCGUUAUUAUGGACCGACUUCUCCCCAUUUUAGCUACUGUUGUAUCAACAUGUUUUGACCAUGACAGUUUCCAAUCCAGGGUUACUCCAAGCAGUUUAGUCAACUCAACUUGCUCAAUUUCCACAUGAUUUAUUACAAGAUUUAGUUGAGGUUUAUGGUUUAGUGAACGAUUUAUCCCAAAUACAAUGCUUUUAGUUUUUGAAAUAUUUAGGACUAACUUAUUCCUUGCCACCCAUUCUGAAACUUAACUGCAGCUCUUUGUUAGGUGUUGCAGUGAUUUCGUUCGCUGUAGUAGCUGUGUUUAGUGUUGAGUCAUCCGCAUACAUAGCCACACUGGCUUUACUCAAGGCCAGUGGCAUGUCAUUAGUAAAGAUUGAAAAAAGUAAGGGGCCUAGACAGCUGCCUUGGGGAAUUCUUGAUUCUACCACCUGGAUUAUGUUGGAGAGGCUUCCAUUAAAGAACAUCCUCUGUGUUCUGUUAGACAAGUAAUUCUUUAUCCACAAUAUAGCAGGGGGUGUGAAGCCAUAACACAUACGUUUUUCCAUCAGCAGACGAUGAUCGAUAAUGUCAAAAGCCGCACUGAAGUCUAACAAAACAGCUCCCACAAUCUUUUUAUCAUCAAUUUCUCUCAGCCAAUCAUCAGUCAUUUGUGUAAGUGCUGUGCUUGUUGAAUGUCCUUCUUUAUAAGCGUGCUGAAAGUCUGUUGUCAAUUUGUUUACAGUAAAAUAGCGUUGUAUCUGGUCAAACACAAUUUCUUCCAAAAGUUUACUAAGGGUUGGUAACAGGCUGAUUGGUCGGAUAUUUGAGCCAGUAAAGGGGGCUUUACUAUUCUUGGGUAGCGGAAUUACUUUUGCUUCCCUCUAGGCCUGAGGGCACACAAUUUUAGAUUGAAAAGUGGCAAUAUCGUCCGCUAUUAUCCUCAGUAAUUUUCCAACCAAGUUGUCAGACCCCGGUGGCUUGUCAUUGUUGAUAGACAACAAUACUUUUUUCACUUCUUCCACACUCACUUUACGGAAUACAAAAUGACAAUGCUUGUCUUUCAUAAUUUGAUCAGUUAUACUUGGAUGUGAGUGUUAACGUUUGUUGCUGGCAUGUCAUGCCUAACUUUUCUAGUCUUGCCAAUGAAAAAAGCAUUAAAGUAAUUGGCAAUAUCAGUGGGUUUUGUGAUGAAUGAGCCAUCUUAGUUUCAUAGUGUAGUUUAGAUCUAGAGUGAAGUGAAUAGAGUUAUUUUGGGCUCUUUAUAGUUUCAUUGAGCAUUCCAAUGUUAACAUGGAUCUACAGGUAACUGCCACAAUAAAGGAAACACCAACAUAAAGUGUCUUAAUAGGGCGUUGGGCCACCAUGAGCCAGAACAGCUUCAAUGCACCUUGGCAUAGAUUCUACAAGUGUCUGGAACUCUAUUGGAGGGAUGAAACACCAUUCUUCCACGAGAAAUUCCAUAAUUUGGUGUUUUGUUGAUGGUGGUGAAAAACGCGGUCUCAGGCACCGCUCCAGAAUCUCCCAUACAGUUGAAGUCGGAAGUUUACAUACACUUAGGUUGCAGUCAUUUAAACUCGUUUUUCAACCACUCCACAAAUUUCUUGUUAACAAACUAUAGUUUUGGCAAGUCGGUUAGGACAUCUACUUUGUGCAUGACACAAGUAAUUUUUCCAACAAUUGUUUACAGACAGAUUAUUUCACUUAUAAUUUACUGUAUCACAAUUCCAGUGGGUCAGAAGUUUACAUACACUAAGUUGACAGUGCCUUUAAACAGCUUGGAAAUUCCAGAAAAUUAUGUCAUGGCUUUAGAAGCUUCUGAUAGGCUAAUUGACAUAAUUUGAGUCAAUUGGAGGUGUACCUGUGAAUGUAUUUCAAGGCCUACCUUCAAACUCAGUGCCUCUUUGCUUGACAUCAUGGGAAAAUCAAAAGAAAUCAGCCAAGAAAGCACCUGCUUUCAGUAUACUUUGUAUCCCUCAUUUACUCAAGUGUUUCCUUUAUUUUGGCAGUUUACCUGUAUCUUCCAUUCCUCUCUAAGCCUUCAUCUCUCUUCCUUGUGUUUUUCCAGAGGAUGAAUCCCCUGGCCUCCAUGGAUUCCUGAAUGUAAUCAUCCACUCUGCCUCCGGCCUCAAACAGAGCUUGAGUGAGUGACCCUCCCCCGAGAAGAGCCUCUAUACUGUACAUACUUUACAGGAGUAAUAACACAGGCAUUAGGAUGCACCCCAAAUGGCACCCUAUUCCCUUUAUAGUGCACUACUCUGGUCAAAAAUAGUGCACUAUAUAGGGAAUAGGGUGCCAUUUAGGACAUACCUUACUCUAAGCUUACUGGGACCACAGCUGUUCUGUAAACACAACUGUUCUGGUGAAUGUCAAAUAAUUUGAUAGAGGUUACGUCAACAUAUAUUUCAUGUGAUUUUGUAAUAACAUUGUUAUAACGUUGUUCUUAUCAACAUUAGUAUGCUUAACGUUUAUGACAGUUAAUUUACAGAGGGUAUCAUAUAGAGAUCACCUAGAGAAGUUUUCCUGACUAAAAUGGCAGAUUUUGCCAAUGUCCAUUCUACUGUUCUAUUUAAUUAUGUGGGGUAUCGUCAUAGACUGUAUCUCCUCUUCUCCUCUCAGAUCUGUACUGCACGUUAGAGGUGGACUCCUUUGGCUACUUUGCGAACAAAGCCAAGACGCGGGUGUAUCGCUACACCACAGAGCCCAAAUGGAACGAGGUAAGAACUUUUACUGGUAUUACCAGACAUAUGCAGAGUACAGUAUCUGCAUUUUCUGGGUACUACCAAGACCAAGACAUCUGGUGUUGUGACAUAAUAGUGUCUUAAUCAGAAAGCCGUACGGCCUCUUCAGUAAGGAGGAGGUGACGGUAGAAAGCACACACAUAUGAACACACACAAACACACCCACGUAUUACCGUGCUGGAUGUCAGAGCCAAACACAAAGUCCUUGUGCGUCAUGAGAGCUAUGAGAGCGCACACAACAGUUUUAAAACACAAUCAGUGAAUUUGUUUGUCUGCAGCAGGAAUUUUCCCCCAGGCCCAAGGAACUGCUACUGCUUCUGCUGCUUAAUUACAUUGCUCAGCAAAGUGGAAAUAGUGUUAGCUAAUGAGGAGCUUCUGAUGAUGACUCAAGUCUGUGGAAAUGUUAAUGGUAUGUGUUGCGGCCCCUAACCAUGUGGAAACCAUAUGCAGAGUGUUCUUUUACAUAAUUAAUGGGAAUCUCCGUCAGCUGUGCUUUCUGCUGUUGACAAUGCGUUCACAUUUACAGCACUUAACUGAUAACGUAUACACUCUUAACAAAAAGGUGCUAUCUAGAACCUAAAAGGGUUCUUCAGCUGUCCCCAUAGGAUAAUCCUUUGAAGAACCCUUUUUGGUUCCAGGUAGAACCCUUUUGGUUCCAGGUAGAACACUAUUGGGUUCCAUGGAACCAAAAAGUGUUGUCCUAUGGGGACUGCCGAAGAAACCUUUUGGAACCUUUUUGUCUAAGAGUGUACAGAUUAACCCUAUUGAGCAUCUCUUGGAAGAGACUUUCAUGCCAUCCUCAUCUCUGUCUCUCUCCUCUCUCUCUCUCACUCUCUCUCUCUCUCUCUCUCUCUCUCUCGCUCUCUGUCUCGCUCUCUGUCUCUCUCUCUUCUCUCUCUCUCUCUCGCUCUCUGUCUCUCUGUCUCUCUCUCUCUCUCUCUCUCUCGCUCUCUCGCUCUCUCGCUCUCUGUCUCGCUCUCUGUCUCUCUCUCUGUCUCGCUCUCUGUCUCUCUCUCUGUCUCGCUCUCUGUCUCUCUCUCUCUCUCUCUCUCUCUCUCUCUCUCGCUCUCUGUCUCUCUCUCUCUGCUGCAGGAGUUUGAGAUAGACCUGGAGGGCUCUCAGACCUUGAGGCUGCUGUGUUAUGAGAAGAGCUACAACAAGACCAAGCAGAACAAAGAGGACGGAGACAGCACCGACCGCAUCAUUGGCAAAGGACAGAUCCCGGUACGUCAUCACCUUCACCACCUCUCUGAGUCACCACCGUCACGCUGUUACCUCACCAUAGUGACAUAGCCUGAUGACGUUAUGGUUAUGACAGUGUGGUGAGAUUGUGGUCUGAAUGUCCAAGUAUGAAAGAAAAUGUAUGCACUCACUAACUGUAAGUCGCUCUGGAUAAGAGCGUCUGCUAAAUGACUAAAAUGUAAAUGUAAUGUGGACUAGACACUGCUGAGUGCUCAGCUGAUUUGAUGAAUGAAUUAUCUAAUUAUGUGAGUAGUAGGAUAGACUUUCUACAGUGAUUAGAUGUGUACAGUUCUGACUUAGAACCUGCAAAAAGGUAUCUAAUAGGUAAAUAUCCCUGACUAGCUCUAGUCACCCAACUGAGCUUCAUAGCCAGAUAGUUGAUCCAAUAACCUGUGAAAAGCUGUAGAGAGACCGAGGACAACACCUGGAUCGGGUCAUGAUCAGGAGCUAUGAUUUGAGUGAACUGCUCUUCUUUGCUUUUAUUUAUUUUGCUUUGAUAAAUGUAUGUUAGAGGGUAAAGUAUCAGCCCAGCCUGACUGUGGUUGAAUCAGGGUCCAUAAUUAAUGUGUUCUUCCUGUAAAUAUAAUGUGCUUCUGAUGAGUCUGACCCAAGGGCAACCAGAUCUGGUGUGUGUGUGUGUGCGCGCACACGUGUGUGUGCAUGCAACCACAUCUGUUUUUGCAUAUGGGUGUUGAGGGAUGGAGUGUUGGAUAGGGCCUAGUAGGCUUUGUGUACAUAGACCUUCAUGUUUCAAGGAAAGGCAGGUGAGUAAAGCCAUGGAGCCUCUGCUUUGAUCUGGUCCACGUCCUGGGGGGGUGUACAGUCAUGGUCAAAAGUUUUGAGAAUGACACAAAUACUAAUUUUCACAAAGUCUGCUGCCUCAGUUUUGAUGAUGGCAAUUUGCAUAUACUCCAGAAUAUCAUGAAGAGUGAUCAGAUGAAUUGCAAGUAAUUGCAAAGUCCCUCUUUUCCAUGACAAUGAACUUAAUCCCCCAAAAACAUUUCCACUGCAUUUCAGCCCUGCCACAAAAGGACCAGCUGCCAUCAUUACAUUUUUUUACAUUUUAGUCAUUUAGCAGACGCUCUUAUCCAGAGCGACUUACAGUUAGUGAGUGCAUACAUUAUUUAUUUUUUAUUUAUAUAUAUUUUGUUUUCAUACUGGCCCCCCGUGGGAAUCGAACCCACAAUCCUGGCGUUGCAAAUGCCAUGCUCUACCAACUGAGCUACAUCCCUGCCGGCCAUUCUCUCCCCUACCCUGGACGACGCUGGGCCAAUUGUGCGCCGCCCCAUGGGUCUCCCGGUCGCGGCCGGAUCUCUAGUGGCACAGCUAGCACUGCAAUGCAGUGCCUUAGACCACUGCGCCACAUGUCAGUGAUUCUCUCGUUAACACAGGUGAGAGUGUUGACGAGGACAAGGCUGGAGAUCACUCUGUCAUGCUGAUUGAGUUAGAAUAACAGACUGGAAGCUUUAAAAGGAGGGUGUGGCUUGAAAUCAUUGUUCUUCCUCUGUUAACCAUGGUUACCUGCAAGGAAACACGUGCCGUCAUCAUUGCUUUCCACAAAAAGGGCUUCACAGGCAAAGAUAUUGCUGCAAGUAAGAUUGCACCUAAAUCAAGCAUUUAUUGGAUCAUCAAGAACUUCAAGGAGAGAGGUUCAAUUGUUGUGAAGAAGGCGUCAGGGCGCCCAAGAAAGUCCAGCAAGCGCCAGGACCGUCUCCUAAAGUUGAUUCAGCUGCGGGAUCGGGGUACCACCAGUGCAGAGCUUGCUCAGGAAUGGCAGCAGGCAGGUGUGAGUGCAUCUGCACGCACAGUGAGGCGAAGACCUUUGGAGGAUGGCCUGGUGUCAAGAAGGGCAGCAAAGAAGCCACUUCUCUCCAGGAAAAACAUCAGGGACAGACUGAUAUUCUGCAAAAGGUACAGGGAUUGGACUGCUGAGGACUGGGGUAAAGUCAUUUUCUCUGAUGAAUCCCCUUUCCGAUUGUUUGGGGCAUCUGGGAAAACACCUUGUCCGGAGAAGACAAGGUGAGCGCUACCAUCAGUCCUGUGUCAUGUCAACAGUAAAGCAUCCUGAGACCAUUCAUGUGUGGGGUUGCUUCUCAGCCAAGGAGUGGGCUCACUCACAAUUUUGCCUAAGAACACAGCCAUGAAUAAAGAAUGGUACAUUUACAUUUUACAUUUUAGUCAUUUAGCAGACGCUCUUAUCCAGAGAGACUUACAGUUAGUGAGUGCAUAAAACAUUUUCAUACUGGCCCCCGUGGGAAUCGAACCCACAACCCUGGCGUUGCAAACGCCAUGCUCUACCAACUGAGCUACACGGGGCCUUGGUACCAUCUUGCCAUGGUACCAACACAUCCUCCGAGAGCAACUUCUCCCAACAGUCCAAGAACAAUUUGGUGACGAACAAUGCCUUUUCCAGCAUGAUGGAACAAAACAUCAACAUUUUGGGUCCAUGGCCAGGAAACUCCCCAGAUCUUAAUCCCAUUGAGAACUUGUGGUCGAUCCUCAAGAGGCGGGUGGACAAACAAAAACCCACAAAUUCUGACAAACUCCAAGCAUUGAUUAUGCAAGAAUGGGCUGCCAUCAGUCAGGAUGUGGGCCAGAAGUUAAUUGACAGCAUGCCAGGGCGGAUUGCAGAGGUCUUGAAAAAGAAGGGUCAACACUGCAAAUAUUGACUCUUUGCAUAAACUUAAUGUAAUUGUCAAUAAAAGCCUUUGACACUUUGGAAUGCUUGUAAUUAUACUUCAGUAUACCAUAGUAACAUCUGACAAAAAUAUCUCAUAACACUGGAGCAGCAAACUUUGUGAAGACCAAUACUUGUGUCAUUCUCAAAACAUUUGACCACGACUGUACUGUUCCCUGUUCCCCUCCUCCUCCCUCAUCCCCCACUUGGACAGGUGUGUGUGUGUGUGUGUGUGUGUGUGUGUGUGUGUGUGUGGUGGAGACAGAUUGUGAGUUUUUCUCUGGUUUGUCAAUAUCAAUCAAACCAAAUUGUAUUUGUCACGUGCGCCGAAUACAACAGGUGUAGACUUUACCGUGAAAUGCUUACUGCUUAGAUGUGGAUAUACAUCUCCCUCUAGUGGUUGCCAUGGUAACUGUGAUGAUAAUUGCCAUGCCAACUGUGAUGGUGGUUCAAAAAUAUGGUGCUGUCAAUUAAUUAAUAUGGUUUACUUAUGGAUCACUGUGUUCUCUCAUCCUCUGAUGUAUGUGCUACAUUCCUCUGUAGUCUUCUAAUACACAGCUUCUAUCUGGCUUCAUACGAAAUGAUGGAGAGAGACCAAGUCCCCCGGCGGUUCACACAGAAACACACACAGCAGUAGGCCACGUUGCCAAAGCUGAUUAGCUUAGUAUGAAAGCCCCAGCUGAUGAUUCAGAUCAACUUUUCAUCCAAACACACAUAUAGAGGGUGGGAAUGUGGCGCGCUUGGCUGGGCUCGCUAGCCAGGGUGUAAUAGGGGGGAGCGGGGACACCCAGUGAAGAGAGGGGUUGGUGGGGUUAUCCAGGGCUUGGCUGGAGGCAAUUGGGGCGAUGGUGCAUUUUACAGUUUACACUGAAACUAACUAAAGCAGAGGGAUUAGCUGUAACUCAUAGAGAAGAGAGGAGAAGAGAGGGAGGAGGGGGGAUAAUGCAGAAGAGAGGGGAGGAGACCGAGAGAGGUGCAGAAAGAAGGGGUCGUUCUGGAACGCGAUCCACACCUGUGUGUAUGAGGACGUACUUUAGCUUGUGAUCCUCACACACUCCUCAGAGUGAGCGUGGCAGGUGUGUGUAGGGUGAAACAGAGCUUUCCUGGACCACUGGGGAUCAUUAUCGACCGGGCUGAGUUAGGCUACACGCAGAGACAGGGACACACACCUACUGAGACUACAUCUCUACUGAGGAGGAAAAGAAAGAAAGAAAGGAACAAAAGCGAGAAGGAGAAGGGGGAAAAGGAGGGGCAGUAUGGGCCUGAUAGGAGCGUCUACCACCAACUCCCUCAUACCACAGAACAUGCACACUAGACUGAGGCCAACUGGAUAAAGAAUAUCUUACUAGUUUGGAGACUUUGUCAGUCUUUGUCAGUCUCUCUACACAGAGAGCCAUGACAGGUGAAGUAGUUGAGGACAGAGGAGAUGGGAUACAAGGUAAGGCCUGCACUCUGUUGGCCAGACACUGCAGCAGUGUCAGAGUGGAGGGCACUAGGGAGAGGGAGAGGGGACAGUCUCCAGCCUGGGGCGACCUACCGAGGGGCGGGGGGCGAAGCUGUGGAGGCGUGUACGCAGUGCCCUGCUGAGACGCAAGGUAACCCCCCUCACUGAUAGGACAACUGAUGUCCAAUAGUUUGACAGAAACAAAUAAUUUAUACAGGGAGGGGAAUGGGCAACUGUGUGUGUGCAUUGAUGAUGCAUUAUAAGGUAGCCUAAUGCUGGUGUUUUCUUGUCUGUAUAUGUGUUUAGAAGUCUGUUAGUGUCUGUGUGUAUUGGUAUACUAACCAAGGAUUCUGUUCUGUUUUGCUACCUCCAGCUUGACCCCCAGACUCUCCAAGGCAAAGACUGGCAGAGAACGGUCAUCCCCAUGACCGGGGUGAGUGUGUGUGUUAGUGUGUCAGCACCGUUAAAAGCCAUGUGAUCCUAUAAAUGUUGGUUGUUACAGUGGCUUGUGAAAGUAUUCACUCCCCUUAGCAUUUUUCCUAGUUUGUUGCCUUACAACCUGGAAUUAAAAUUGAUUUUUGGGGGGUUGUAUCAUUUGAUUUACACAACAUGCUUACCACUUUGAAGAAGCAAAAUAUGUUUUCUUGUGAAACAAACAAGAAAUAAGACAAAAAACAGAAAACUUGAGUGUACAUAACUAUUCACCCCCCCCCCCCCCCUCCCAAAGGCAAUACUUUGUAGAGCCACCUUUUACAGCAAUUACAGCUGGAAGUCUCUUGCCCAUUCUUCAAGUUGGAUGGGUUCCGCUGGUGUACAGCAAUCUUUAAGUCAUACCACAGAUUCUCAAUUGGAUUGAGGUCUGGGCUUUGACUAGGCCAUUCCAAGACAUUUAAAUGUUUCCCCUUAAACCACUCAAGUGUUGCUUUAGCAGUUUGUUUAGGGUCAUUGUCCUGCUGGAAGGUGAACCUCCGUCCCAGUCUCACAUCUCUGGAAGACUGAAACAGGUUACCCUCAAGAAUUUCCCUGUAUUUAGCGCCAUCCAUCAUUCCUUCAAUUCUGACCAGUUUCCCAGUCCCUGCCGAUGAAAAACGGUGAUGGUGUUCUCGGGGUGAUGAGAGGUGUUGGGUUUGCGCCAGACAUAGCUUUUUCCUUGAUGGACAAAAAGCUCAAUUUUAAUCUCAUCUGACCAGAGUACCUUCUUCCAUAUGUUUGGGGAGUCUCCCAUAUGCCUUUUGGCGAACACCAAACGUGUUUGCUUAUUUUAUUCUUUAAGCAAUGUUUAUUUUCUGGCCACUCUUCCGUAAAGCCCAGCUCUGUGGAGUGUACGGCUUAAAGUGGUCCUAUGGACAGAUACUCCAAUCUCAGCUGUGGAGCUUUGCAGCUCCUUCAGGGUUAUCUUUGGUCUCUUUGUUGCCUCUCUGAUUAACGUUCGUGAGUUUUGGUGGGCGGCCCUCUCUUGGCAGGUUUGUUGUGGUGCCAUAUUCUUUCCAUUUUUUAAUAAUGGAUUUAAUGGUGCUCCGUGGGAUGUUCAAAGUUUCAGAUAUUUUUUUAGCUCCUUGGUUUUCAUGGUGCCGCUUUCUUGGUGGUGCCCCUUGCUUAGUGGUGUUGCAGACUCUGGGGCCUUUCAGAACAGGUGUAUAUAUACUGAGAUCAUGUGACACUUAGAUUGCACACAGGUGGACUUUAUUUAACUAAUUAUGUGACUUCUGAAGGUCUCAUUUAGGGGCUUCAUAGCAAAGGGGGUGAAUACGUUAUUUAUUUUAUAUAAUUUUUUGAAACAAGUUAUUUUUUUCAUUUCACUUCACCAAUUUGGACUAUUUUGUGUAUGUGCAUUACAUGAAAUCCAAAUAAAAAUCAAUUUAAAUUAGAGGUUGUAAUGCAACAAAAUAGGAAAAACGCCAAGGGGGAUGAGUACUUUUGCAAGGCACUGUACCUAUCUUAACUCCUAUUCUUAACUGAUCUGCUUCUUAUCUUUACUCACUAACUAUCUGUUGUCAUUGUAAACUGGUUUAAACUGUCAUUUCACCCAUUCUCUCAUUGCUCCAGAUCGAGGUAAAGCUUUCUAUUAAAUUUACCAGCCGAGAGUUUAGUCUGAAGAGGAUGCCGUCACGGAAACCCAUGGGCGUGUUCGGAAUCAAGAUCUCCACGGUGACCAAGUGAGUUCAAUAGUCCCGUCAUAUAAGUAUAUCCUGAACACACUCCUUAACCACCUGGCCAUCUAUACAGUAACCAUGCAGAAAGCCUGCUGUAACACAGCUGGUGACUGCAAGUGACCCAAGUGAAUGUGACAGCCUAAUCUAAGAGCCAGAGAAUCUCUCUGGGGAAAGGGGAAAGGAGGAGGGAGAAGAUAGAGAGAGAGAGAGAGAGAGAGAGAGAGAGAGAGAGAGAGAGAGAGAGAGAGAGAGAGAGAGAGAGAGUAGAGAGAGAGAGAGAGAGAGAGAGAGAGAGGCCUGGAGGGAGCGGGUCUAUGGAUGGAUCUGAUUAGAGAUACUGUAUGUUCCCUGGAGCCAGUGCCUAUAGCACAGUGCCCUCAUAUCUGACCUAUAACUGCCUUAUGAUGUCUAAUCCCUCCUUACUGGAAAACACACACAAGCUCUGAGGCCCUAGGCAUACAAUUAGUCUCGAAUCAUACCAGACACAAACAGCACACUAAUACAGACCUGUACAGUAUACUUGCUUAGGGUAAAUGAGGGAAAUACCUCACAGGUUGACUUAGUUCAUGUAUACUGAAUAUACUGUGUAAGUCUUUGAAUCUUGAGUGGUUGUACUUUAGUCCUAAAUCAAUAUAAACAACUCUGUUACUCUUAACAUGCCUUUUUUCCUUCUAUGCCCCUCCACCACAAGAUCUCCUCUUUGCAGCAGUUAGAUAUAUACAGAGGCGGUAGUGGUCUUUUAUGGUCUUGUAAGUAUUAGUGGUUGUGACUACAGCCAUCACAGAUUACUACUCUCCUCUACUCUACGCAGACUCUGAGUGUUCCUAUGGUGCAUACUUUGGUAGUGUCUAUCUAUGGAGAAAAUAUUUUAAUGGCCCCUGGCAUGGGGCACUGAGCGGGGACCAGGCAGGCGGUGUGCCCAUCCUCAGACAGUCCCUCAGUGUUCCCCUGGCCUCACCUGGCAUGGCCUGGCAGCAUGCUCCACAGGGCAGUUGGCAGCAGCGGGCACUGUCACUAUGGGCAGUAGGCUCUGGGUAUAGUGGGCAGACAGGCAGAGGGGAGUGUGGGAGAGAGAUGGAGAGAGAGCAGUUGAGGUUUGUUGCCAAUGUUGGUGAGUGACGCUAAUGAGGAUUGCUAGUAACGAACGGACUAAUAAGGUUAAACAGCAUCGCCAAUUAAGGCUGUAGAGACAACAUGCCACCAAUAACACCAACCAGAGAACAAACAUCACUACUGGGCCACACAGAGCUGCCUGCCAGUGCCAGCUCGACCUGCGCGUUGUAGUACAUGAACUCACAACAAAACACACAGCGGUAGUUGUGCAUUUUGUCUCCAUGAAAGUAAUAAACAUGAUAAAGUACACAGCUGAUGUGUGUUUAUAUUUUGGGUUCACAUACUACAACAAUGCAGCGACAGCCAGCAGUACACCUUAUUGUCAGUGGGAAUGUAUUUUGUUGUUUUAAUAAUUGCUCACACAUUUUUGGAACCUAUUAAAACUAAAGAUGCAAUUAGUGUGCAACUGUGCAUCCAACAGAAAAAGCUUUCGGUAAGUCUGUGUGUGUGUGUCCCCAUGGUAAGCCAUUCAUUAAUGGUGUCUGUGUCUCUGUGUGUUUGUGUGUGUGUGUGUGUGUGUGUGUGUGUGUGUGUGUGUGUGUGUGUGUGUGUGUGUGUGUGUGUGUGUGUGUGUGUGUGUGUGUGUGUGUAUUUCCCCAUGCCAGACGGGAGCACUCCAAGGUGCCCUAUAUCGUCAGACAGUGUCUGGAGGAGAUUGAGCGGAGGGGGAUGGAGGAGGUGGGCAUCUACCGGGUCUCAGGGGUGGCUACAGACAUCCAGGCCCUGAAGGCUGCCUUCGACACCAGUGAGUACCAAGACCUUAGUUCCCCCUGGCUCCCCCUCUGAGUAAAGCCCUGGAAGUGGGAAUAGGCUACAGUAUAGCAUAUGGCAUACUCUCUGUGGACUUUCUGUAGCUUGGUGGAACCAGCCUUGAUACGUGAAGUGAAAUAUAGUAAUGAAUGCAGCGAUCAGGCUGGUUUCAUCACUCUGCACUCCUUUGCAAAUUCAAGUCUAUUGGACUGACUACUGUAAAAUCAAUGUGUCUUACCCUGCUCUGUUCCUAGGUGAACUUCUGAUUAUGGUGCUCCGUUGUUUGGAAUCAUGGGUACAUUGUCAAGUUUGGGUGCUUAACCCAGUUUAUUUUCUUGUGUAGGCUUACUAAUUCCUAUGUGUGGGUGUGCUAGUGUUAGCAUUUUGUGUGUUUGUGUGUGUGUGUGUGUGUGUGGGAACUUGUGUUUGUGUGUGUGCAUUUGUGUGUGCACGUAUGUGUGUGGUGAUUUCUCUGAUUAUGACAUUUACAGCUUGCUUUGGGGAGCAUGUUGCGUCCUCAGCCAGUGUCUUUCUGCCAGUGAUCUGAAGUGCAGUGUGUUUUUGUGAAUGGCAGAAAUGACAGAGGCUGGCUGUCUCCCCAUCCUCUGUUGCCAUGGCUACACUUUCUACCUGUGUUUCUGAGCGUUGCCAUCUUUCCCACAGACAACAAAGACGUGUCUGUUAUGAUGAGUGAAAUGGAUGUGAAUGCCAUCGCCGGGACUCUGAAGCUGUACUUCAGAGAACUGCCAGAACCCCUCUUCACUGAUGACCUGUACCCCAACUUUGCAGGAGGCAUUGGUCAGUCACAGGCACUUAUACCUAUAGUAUUAUCAUGGUAUAACUUAGCACUCAGGUUAAUGUGUGAAUGUCUGUCUCUCUGUCUGCAGCCCUGUCUGACAGCGUUGCCAAAGAGAGCUGCAUGCUGAAUCUACUGCUGUCACUGCCAGAACCCAACCUGGUCACAUUCCUCUUCCUGCUCGAUCACUUGAAGAGGUACGCACAGACAGACACACAGGCAUAGAGCUACCACAGGCAUAGAGCUACCACAGGCAUAGAGCUACCACAGGCACAGAGCUACCACAGGCAUAGAGCUACCACAGACAUAGAGCUACCACAGACAUAGAGCUACCACAGACAUAGAGCUACCACAGACAUAGAGCUACCACAGGCAUAGAGCUACCACAGGCAUAGAGCUACACAGACAUAGAGCUACCACAGGCAUAGAGCUACCACAGACAUAGAGCUACCACAGACAUAGAGCUACCACAGACAUAGAGCUACCAUAGACAUAGAGCUAUGUACAGACAAACACAGCCAUUUAGAGACAAGCAGAUCCCAAACUCUUUCUUUGAAUGAGUAAUACAGUGAUUAUUAGGUCCUUUCACUUGGUGUAUUACCAUGAACCACCAUUCACCCUCUGUCUCUCCCCGCUCCACAGGGUGGCUGACAAGGAGAGCAUCAACAAGAUGUCCCUCCACAACCUGGCCACAGUGUUUGGCCCCACCCUGCUGCGGCCUGCAGAGAAGGACAGCAAGAUCCCCACCAACCCCACGCAGCCUAUCAGCAUGGGAGACAGCUGGUCCCUGGAGGUCAUGUCACAGGUAGGCGAUAUAGUCUCUCUAUCUCUCCCUCUCCCCAUCCCUCUUCUUUGGUAUUGACGUCCCUCUAACUGUCCGUCUGUCCCUCCAGGUCCAGGUGUUGCUGUACUUCCUCCAGCUGGAGACCAUCCCCACGCCGGACAGUAAGCGUCAGAGCAUCCUCUUCUCCACCGAAGUGUAGAGGGUUCCACAGGUUCCCCACACGAGGGUGAGAUCGAGACGUCGACUCAAACUGAGUCUACAGUACAGUAUGUCCAUUUUGGGAAGGCUACUGAGAGUGACCGCAGCAGGAGAUUUAUUCUGCAC